GCUCCGAGCGCUGAAGGGACCCCCCAGGGCGCGCCGCUCGCGUGGGGGCGCAGACGGGCCCGGACACCCGGAGCGUGGGUGCAACAGAAGAGGGGGGACCUGUCAACAGGUCACUCAGCUGCCAGCCUGCCAGAUGUUUGAAACUAAAGCAAUGCAGAAGGGGAAACAGACCGUGAGGCCAGGCUGUGGAGGGCUCAGAUUCAGCUCAGGGCUGAAUCUGCAUCAAGGGCUGUAUGUGAGUCUGCUGUAUGUGCUGCUCAUGGCGGAGACAGUGUCCGGGGCCAGGGGCCUGGCCACAGCAGUCCACAUUCAUCCACCGAUUGCAGCCUCAUGUGUGAACCAGAUCCCGGUGGUAGAUCAACAGGAUCCCAGGACAUGCCAAUUUCUGCACGCCGUUGCCAGUGGGAGACAGGGGACGGGAGAGCAGCCCAGCAGCCCAGCGUGUCUUGAUGUGUGUGGCCUGAAUGUCUCUGAGCGCUGUAACUUUAUCCGGACCACCCCUGACUGCCACAGCCACGGGGGCUACCUGGACUACCUUGAAGGCAUCUUCUGUCACUUCCCCCCCAACCUCUUCCCUCUGGCCAUCAUCCUCUAUGUUUUCUGGCUGCUUUACCUGUUCCUGAUUCUGGGAGUCACUGCAGCAAAGUUUUUCUGCCCAAACUUGUCAGCCAUCUCCACCACCCUCAAGCUCUCCCACAACGUAGCUGGCGUCACCUUCCUGGCAUUUGGGAAUGGGGCCCCUGACAUCUUCAGCGCCCUGGUGGCUUUCUCGGACCCUCGCACAGCUGGCCUGGCCUUGGGGGCACUGUUCGGUGCAGGCGUGCUGGUCACCACCGUGGUGGCAGGGGGCAUCGCCAUCCUGCACCCCUUCACGGCCGCCUCCAGGCCCUUCCUCAGAGACAUCAUCUUCUACAUGGUGGCCGUGUUCCUGACCUUCACCGUGCUCUACUGCCGCAGGGUCACACUGGCCUGGGCCCUGGGUUACCUCGGCUUGUAUGCGUUCUAUGUGGCCACUGUGGUCCUCUGCACCUGGAUCUACCGAUGGCAGCGGAGGACAUCCCUGGUCUACUCCAUGCCAGGCACGCCAGAGAUGCUCUCGGAUUCCGAGGAGGAAAGGGUAUCUUCCAACACCAACAGCUAUGAUUACGGUGAAGAGUACCGGCCUCUGUUCUUGCAUCAGGAGACUACGGCCCAGAUCCUGGCCCGGUCCCUCAACCCCCUGGAUUACCGGACGUGGAGGAACAAAUCGGCAUCCUGGAGGGUCCUCAAGGUGUUCAAGCUGCCCGUGGAGUUCCUGCUGCUCCUCACAGUCCCUGUCGUGGACCCUGACAAGGAAGACAGGAACUGGAAACGGCCCCUCAACUGCCUGCACCUGGCCAUCAGUCCCCUGUUCCUGGUCCUGACCCUGCAGUCGGGCGCCUAUUGUGUCUAUGAGAUAGGUGGCCUCUUUCCCGUUUGGGCCGUGGUGGUGAUCUCAGGCACAGCCUUGGCUGCAGUGACCUUUUUUGCCACAUCCAACAGUGAACCCCCCAGACUUCACUGGCUCUUUGCUCUCCUGGGCUUCCUGACCAGCGCCCUGUGGAUCAACGCAGCCGCCACUGAGGUGGUGAGCAUCCUGCGGUCCCUGGGCGUUGUCUUCCACCUGAGCAACACCGUCCUGGGGCUCACUCUGCUGGCCUGGGGGAACAGCAUUGGAGAUGCCUUCUCGGACUUCACGCUAGCCCGCCAGGGCUACCCUCGGAUGGCGUUCUCAGCCUGUUUCGGAGGCAUCAUCUUCAAUAUCCUGGUGGGCGUGGGGCUGGGCUGCCUGCUCCAGAUCUCCAGGGGCCACGUGGAGGUCAAGCUGGAGCCCGAUGGACUGUUGGUGUGGGUCUUGGCCGGCGCCCUGGGCCUCAGCCUGGUCUGCUCCCUGGUCUCGGUGCCGCUGCAGUGCUUUCAGCUGAACAAAAUCUACGGCUGCUGCCUGCUGCUCUUCUACCUGAGCUUCCUGGUCGUGGCCCUGCUCACCGAGUUUAGGGUGAUUCACUUGAAAAGCCAAUGAGGGAAGAAGCCCGUGUCCACGUCCACCUGGCGGUCGGGAGGUGUCACUGCAGGCGGCCAGAGGACCGAUGGAAGAUGGGGUCCUUCCCGGAGCCCCCCUGGGCCGCAUGGCGGUGGCCAGUGUGGCUCCUGGCGGGGCGGCACUGAUGUCAAAGGUUCCCGGCUGCCGCUGUGCGCGGGGACGACAGCUAAGCCUCCUUCGUGGGGCUCCGGACGCUGGGCUUGGCUGUGGACACCAGCUAAGCCUUCCCAGAAUUAUCACCAGAGCCUCCGGGUUAGGACUCGGGGUGGAGGGGAUGAUGGGGUACCUUCUAGGCACGGAGAGCCCCCAAGUGUUCAGGGCUGGAGGUAACUCGGGAGGCACAGGCCCUGUCCCCACAGCCACGCCCUCUGCCUUCCUCAGGGUACAAGUGGCUGCACCCCAGGGAGCGGGCAUCAGACGGGGUGAUUCAGACCAGGUCAGAACACCUUGUGUGCCUGACGAGGGCUGAGCCCCGUGCUGCACGGUGCACAGCGCGCGCCCGGUUCUCGGUUCGCUCCUCAGCACGUCGAAUGCCGCAGCCAACGGGUGGAAUGAAGGGCAAAUAGAUUUUCAUUAACCCGAGGGCCCCGGUCACCAGCAGGGGGAGUCACGUGGCUCCAGAACUGCCCACCGACUCGGCAGACCCCUGAGCUCUGGCCCUGCUUCCCCAGCUGCAAGCCAGGGGUCAGCGUGGCCGCCUGGCGCCUACCUCAGGGGGAGCCCGGCCAGGGCCAAAAUGCCCGCAAGCUCCGGGGAGAGGAAAACCGGGCCCUUCUGCCUGGCCGGCGACGCGCCUUCUGGGGCCUGUCUGCCCCGCCGCCGUCCGCUGUAGCGACGGGAGUCCAGCCCCUCUCUCCGGUGCAAGCGUCAUUAAAUAGUUCAGGCAAACACACGCG